UGGAACUGCUGAGCCCUUCGUCUAGUCGCUUUCUCCCCGGGGGUUCUUUCCAGUCUCUGCCCGCGCGGCGUCCGACCGGGUGCCCUUCUCUCUUUGCAACGCGAGCCGUCUCCUGUCCUCAACUUCCCUCCCCGCGCGGUGAAGCCCGGCCGGAGCGGCGAUGCGUCUCAUCCAGAACAUGUGUACCAUCGCAGAGUACCCCGCCCCGGGCAGCACCGCUGCCGACUGCUGCCUGGGGGCUGCAGGCCGCCGGCUCGUCAAGAUCGCCGUGGUGGGGGCCAGUGGCGUGGGCAAGACCGCUUUGGUGGUCCGGUUCCUCACUAAACGAUUCAUCGGGGACUAUGAACGAAAUGCAGGUAACCUCUACACAAGACAAGUUCACAUAGAAGGAGAAACCCUGGCCAUUCAGGUCCAGGACACUCCAGGCAUCCAGGUGCACGAGAAUGGCUUGAGCUGCAAUGAGCAGUUGAACCGCUGCAUUCGCUGGGCGGAUGCCGUCGUCAUCGUUUUCUCCAUCACCGACCACAAGAGCUAUGAACUCAUUAGCCAGCUCCACCAGCACGUGCAGCAGCUCCACCCGGGCACUCGGCUGCCUGUGGUGGUGGUGGCCAACAAAGCCGACCUCUUGCACGUCAAGCAGGUUGACCCUCAGCUUGGUCUGCAGCUGGCCAGCAUGCUCGGCUGCUCCUUCUAUGAAGUGUCUGUCAGUGAAAACUACAACGACGUCUACAGUGCUUUCCAUGUCCUGUGCAAAGAAGUGAGCCCCAAACAGCAGGCCAGUGGCACUCCCGAGAAGCGCAGAACCUCGCUCAUCCCCAGACCCAAGUCGCCCAACAUGCAAGACCUGAAGAGGAGGUUUAAGCAAGCUCUGUCUGCCAAAGUGAGGACUGUCACAUCUGUCUGAGGCACGACUCCUGGAGGGGGUUUGGUCUUCUGGGCAGAGGGCCCGAGGUUCUUCUUAGAUGGGACCAUUGCAGGCGGAUGUCAGAUCAUGGUUCCAGAAAGAGCAGAGGCAGAGGGGCCUAAGGGGCCUUUGGAAUUCUGCAACACUGGGAGUAAGGGCAGAUGGACAGACGUGGGACUGACCUGCCAAUCCUUUAGGUGGGGAUGGGGCAUGCUUUUGUUCCUCACUGCCUUCUAAGUGAUGGUCAGGUGCACCAGAGCAUGUAUGUGGAUUGGGGUGGGGAGAACCAGUGAGCAUUUACGAGGCUUUCUCUCCCUCCUUCAUUGUUUUUUUUCCCAAGAGGAGGGGGUUUGCUUUUCUCAGUGCCUCCAACAUGCUUUCUCUAUAGGAUGCCUUUCCGACUUGAAGGAUAUCCAGGUUUAAGAACAAAGAGGGACUCUCCCCAUCCCAUAAAGGUCAAAUUUUAGACCAAAAUAUUCAGUGUACAGGCACCUGUGAGCUGCAGUCUGUGGCAAGGUGCUGGAUCUCCUGACGCAGGAUGGGUACCUUUGUGGAGUAGCUGUGGAAACCUCACCCAUGGGCUGCCCAACUGUGAUGAUGUAUAGUCGUGUGUUGGUGUUUUGUUUUGUUUUGUUUUUUCUUUAAACUGUGGCAUCAGGUACAGAAAAAAGUGUUAAUUGAUGCUGGUGUGGUUUGUGUAAACGACCCAUAGCAAUGACGUUGGGUUGCUUCCUGGGCCCGGCUGAGUUGUGGCUGGGUGGCUGAGAUAGUAAAAUGCUGUCUUCAAGAGUGACCAGACUGCAGGCUACCUGCCAAAUCCCCUACACAGAUGCACUUUAAGAAGCCGUUUAUGCUUUGGCUCAAACUGUCAUUAAUUUAUUUUAUGUACAAUAAAUCUCUCAUUUGAUAAGA